AUGCCAAACAGUGUUGACUGCGAUUUUUUAAACGCACCUGCCCACCCCCCGUGUAAUAAUCGUAUCAGCGCCAGCAUCCGCAGUAGUGACGGGGCGAGCAUCCGCAAUAUCGGUAGCACCAGCAACUUCGGCACGAGAAGCCGAGGCGUGCGCAACUGCGACCAAGUGAUUCAUACAGUAUACGUGAAGUACUUCGAAAUGGAGAGGUACCUAGGCAACAUAAAUUACAACAUGGAUUAUCUCAACCCCGUUUUAAACCACCCGACGAAAAUCGAACAUGGGAAGAUAAAGAUCCUCAUUUUGGAUGCACCGACCAAUGACCUACUCCCAUUGUACAUAAAAGAAAUGAAAAAUUACAAUGUGACGGACCUAGUGCGGACAUGCGAACGGACUUAUAAUGACAGAGAAAUAACAAGUGCGGGCAUAAACGUCCACGAGUUAAUAUUCCCGGAUGGUGAUGCCCCCACGGUUGACAUCGUAAGUAACUGGUUGACCAUUGUAAAUAAUGUAAUAAAGAACAACCGCGCAGUUGCAGUUCACUGUGUUGCAGGAUUGGGUAGAGCCCCCGUGUUAGCUUCCAUUGUGCUCAUCGAAUUCGGCAUGGAUCCGAUUGACGCAAUUGUUUUUAUACGGGACAGAAGAAAGGGCGCCAUUAACAAGAGACAACUUCAGUUUCUGAAGGCGUACAAGAAGAAGAAAAAAAAAACAAGCCUCAGGAAAUGUCACUUUAUGUGA